ACGCUCAACAGACAAUAAUUAUUAAUUAAUAAACAAUAAUCAUUAAUCAAGUUAAUUAACAAUCGACAUUUUAAUAUCUUAAAAACUAAAUUUUAAAACGACAACACAAGAGCAUACAUUAAUACAUGUCAUAUUGAGUUACCUAUACUGUUUAGUAGUUAGGCCAGCAAAAAGGUACAAUUAACAAUUAUUUACCUAUAUUCUUCAACUGACAGAUACUUUGAUCUAAGUACCUACCCAUAAUACAAAUACAGGAUUAUCAUGGAAAUCGACGAAGAUCUAAGUGCUAUAGAAGCGGAUCCAAUUACACGAGAAGAAUCCUCCGAGUCAUUUGGCGAUAUAUCCUGUAUAACUAAUGAUUGUGAUGAAAAAGAAAAUGAAAACCCACAUACAAUUAUAACUGAUGAAUCUGAUCAGGAAGAUAUUAUAAUGUCAGGAUCAGAGUCAGGAAUAGUUGAAGAUUUCACUUAUGAUCCAACUGCUCUUAUAGAAAUAUCUGACAUACUUGAUCUUGUUGGUAAAAAUUGGUCAAUAUUUCGUGUAUCUCCAUUAUGGAAUUUGAAUUUUGAUACCAACUAUUUAAAUUUGUUAUCGAAAAAGUUGAAGAAAUUUCUAAUAAAUUAUAUAUCUACUAAUAUGAAAAACCAAAAGAAUACAAUCUCAGGAAUUUCUGUGGAAAUUGAAGCAAAAGAAGCAAAUCAUGAAUGUAUUGCAUUAAAGAUUAAAGUUAUCAACAAUGAUACUAAUUCAAAACUUUACACGGGUUUGCUAUUAAAAUCGCCGAAUUAUAAUCAAAAUUAUAGUAAAAAUAGUUUAUCUGACAUGCCCAUAUUAAUGGUACAAGGAAAUAAAUCAUUUUCAGUUGCUAUACAUAAUUGGUUAACUGAACAUUUUGAUUGUGUCAUUCGGCCAUUUGAAUUUGCUUUAUAUCAAUUUCUAUGGCUUAUUGCAAUAUCGAUGGGUGAUGCAGGACAAUUAUACAAUGAAACUGUUUUAUAUCACUACCUUUAUAAAUAUGAAUCAUCAAAGGGUCAUAUGGAUGUAAAAUGUUAUGCUGAAUCCGAGUUCCUGCAAUCUGUUUUAGCUAGGCUUUCAUUGAAUCGAUCAUCUUCUGCAGCUACUUCAUUUCAUUAUUCAGAUUUAAUUAAAGUACAAUCUGAUAUAGAAGACCAUUUUAAAAUAACAUGUGGAAUAAAUGUAUCAAAAUUAAAAUUAAAAGCAUUUGAAGCACCUAAAGUUGCUUCAAUUAAUGUUUCUGGAAAAAUACAAGUUUGGUCAUCCACCCUUAUAGAUUUAAUGUUAAAAUAUCUUAUGGAGCUACAAAACAAUAAAUGUAUGCCAUAAAAUACAUACAAAAUGCAAGAUUUUUGAUUGUUAUAAAGUGUUUUCAUACAUACAAAUACUUUUUAUUUUUAUUAUCUGAUGGAAUUAAA